UAAUCUAAUGAACCAAUAUCUUAUCAAAUACUUGCUAAUGUGUGUACAUUUCCUAAACAAACAUUUGUACAAUGGACAAUGGAGCUAGGUUUAAAAUGAUUGCAUUUUUAGGAUGUUGGCAUAAAUCAGCUCAAUAGAUCAAUCCUGCAAAACACUGUUCAAACUUUGGGAUAAUAGAAAGGAAUAAAAACUGGAAAGUGUAGUGUAUAUAAGUGUUACUGAUGAGUAUUAGAAAAAAAAAAAAAGAAAUACAAAAUGGUCCUUUAACAAUAUACAAUAUGAAAUUUGCAAGAAACAACAUGUGGACACUGUAAAAAAAACUAAUGUUUUGUUUAAAUGUCCUCAUUAGCCACAUCCUAAUGCUUACAUGUAUUGAAUUUAUAACAAAGUUAAUUAUAAUAAAACCUACAUUUCUAAAUUUUUUAAAAGUUGUUUUUUGCCGGUAUUGUCACGUCUUAGUGUUACUCUGUGGCCUGAGGAGGAACAACUACAGUUAUGUACAGUACACCAAAAUACUAAAUUAAGGAAAUACACAUGCCAAUAUCAGUGUUCACAAUAGGAUUGCAAUGAUCAUAUUUAUGUAACAGAUUUAUGUGUACUAUAAAACUUUGGAACUAUGGAUGUAUUUUUUGUAAAUCAUUUUUUCUUUGUCUACUAAGGAUUGUUAAAUGUAUAUAUUUAUUGUACAAUUCAAAGACUACAUACAGGAUUGCUAUAAUUCUACUGAACUUUUACACAAAGGCAUGUUUAUGUCAUGUCUGCUGUGUGGCUUGAAAACAGUCCCAACUGGACUCCUAAUGCUACUUAUCAACAUUUAGAGUACAGGCACGUGUACUUCUUUGGGGUAUUUAAAAGUGUGGAAUGCUAUUUAGAGAAAAUACCACUUUCAACAGAGUGGUGUGGGGGCUGGGUGGUCAGAUUGGCCACUUUGAAGCUUUUGAUCAUUUUACUUUCAGUUAAUCAAAUCAAAUCAAAUCAAUGAGAGAGGGGAUUCUCCAUCAGUAUUUUCACAUAAAUAGUGUCCCAAUAAAGUCCCAUUCCCACAAACUGAGAGACAGUGGAUGCAGCAGUAAGGAAAGGGGUGACAAAGUUAUCCCCUUGAAAGAAGUUUUAAAACUCUCUUGGGACUAGAAGGUAUUUCCAUUGUGACUCUGUCCCACUGGGGGUCCAGCUCACUCGACUGAGAGCUCAAACACUCUGGUACUUAGCUCAAGACUUUAAGAGGGAUACCACAGCUCAUACACUGAAGAAUUUCCCAGAUUGCUUUCUCUCUCACGAGAAGGGAAGUGUUUAUAUAUGUUGUAUAUAGAAAAUGGGUGACUAUGAUGAAGACACUGCAUUCCUGGGACAGACUGGUCCUUUUUUCUGGACCACAUUCUUCCUCCUCAACACAGUUUUUGUCUCAACUGGAUUCAACGGACUUUACAUGGUGUUUAUCGGGGCAACUCCGAAUCAUCACUGCCUCAUUCCAGAGUUUAACUUAACUGAAGAGUGGACAAAUGCCAUCAUCCCUUUUACGUUAGUAAAUGGCGAGGAGGUGAAGAGCCAGUGCAGUAGGUACAGUCUGGACGUGGUGAGAAAUAUGUCAGCUGAAGGACUUAUUCCUGGAAGGGAUGUGAAUCUCACCGACUUGGCGCAGGAGGGAUGUUUAGAUGGAUGGAACUACAGCAAAGACAUCUACCAAUCCAACAUUGUCACAGAGUGGGACCUCGUCUGUGAUGAUCAAUGGAAAGUUCCCUUUGCAUCCUCAACGCUCUUUGUGGGAUACCUCUUUGGAUCCCUGAUCUCAGGCCAUGUUUCUGACAGGUUUGGGAGGAAGAAGGUGGUUUUCAUCUCUCUUGUGGCCCAGAGUGUGGCAGUCAUGCUUCAGUCCUUCUCUCAUUCAUGGCAGAUGUUCUGCGUCAUGUUCCUCUUUGUCGGAGCCUCACAGAUUUCCCUCUAUAUUUCUGCGUUUGUGCUAGGAACGGAGGUUUUGAGUAAAACAAUGCGAAUACUCUUCACAACUCUCGGAGCCUUCCUCUUCUAUUGCAUUGGGUACAUGACACUACCCUGGAUUGCAUACGGCAUCAGAGAAUGGAGGACUCUUCUGGCAGUUCUGUCCUCAACUGCUGUUGUCUACAUCCCUCUGUGGUGGUUCAUCCCAGAGUCUCCUCGAUGGCUGAUCACCCAGGGAAGAGUGGAGGAGGCGGAGGCCAUAGUGAGAGAGGCUGCACGGAAAAAUAAGAUUGAAGCCCCAGCUGUAAUCUUUAAAGAAUCUGAGGCAUCGGCACAAUUUAAGAAAUACACCAUGCUUGACAUCCUAAAAUCCAAGAAAAUCAGAUGCAUAACUUUGAUGUGUCUCAUUCUGUGGAUGGCAAUAAACAUCGGGUAUUUCGGAUUGUCCCUGAACACCUCCAACCUGAGCGGCAACCCCUUCAUGAACUGUUUUUUAUCAGCUACGACUGAAGUCCCUGCAUAUGUCGUUUCAACUGUGCUUCUAAAGAAGUGUCCGAGAAGAGCACUUCUGUCGUCGUUCCUCGUCAUCGGAGGAGGAGUUCUUCUUCUCAUCCAGUUCAUCCCUGAAGAUCUUCAAUAUGUUGCUCUGGCACUGGAAAUGACUGGAAAGUUUGGCUUCACCAUGGCCUUCAGCGUCGUCUAUAUUUACACCGCUGAGGUUUACCCUACGGUACUCAGGAACGUGGGCAUGGGGAUGUGCUCCUCUGCGGCACGCAUUGGCAGCAUCACAGCUCCUUAUGUCAUAUAUUUAGGUAGUUAUAAUAAGGCUCUUCCUUAUAUCCUCAUGGGAAGUCUCACAAUUGCCUCAUCUGUUGUGAACCUUUUCCUUCCGGAGACCCUCAACAGAGAUCUUCCAGAAACAGUGGAGCAGAUGCAGGAAUGUCAGGGGUUGUGUAAUGGGCUGAAAAAGAGGAAAUAUUUAGAAGAUGAGGGAAGGAAGAACCUGCCCAUACAACGUGAGGUCAGACAGGAUCUGCAGGCUCCGUAGAUGUUCUCAAUGACCUAAUUUCCCUUAAAGAAAUAAAGAAACAGAAAGUGACAGAAAUACAUUUAUCAUGCAUGACAGUAAUAAUCGGAAAUCUGACAGAUCCAAAAGUCCACUGGCAAGAGUUUUUUUUAUCUUGUUUUCUUUCUCUUUUUUUUAAACAGUUUUUUUUUGUACUCAGUUGAUGCUUGCUAAUUAGAAAAAAAUGUUUUGGCAAAAUUCCAAAAGAAAAGUUUAGGUUCUAAAAUGUAUGUAUGAAAUUGAAGUACAUGUUUGAUUGGUAUGUGAGUCUGUGUUACACAAUACUUGAGAUUAAAAUAUAAACAUUUGAAACCA